AUGGAGACCUCAUCUUAUUUCGAACGUACGCUCUUCUACGAUCGAAGUCCGGCCACCGAGGAGUACUACGCACGAUCCGCUGAGACGAUUUUCGAAAAGGAACCCAGUCGCUCGAAGAUCGAAGUUAGGGUCCAGUCAUCGAUCGAUGCCUCAUACUAUAUCAAAAAGCAAGACUGUUCAAGUCUUGAGGAGAAAGCGGAAGAUGCAGAGUCACCUCGUAUCUCUCCGAAGCGGAAAGCUGUCUUAGAUGAGAAGAGACCUUCUCAAAGCGAUCCGCAACCAGCUUCAAGAGCAGAUGUGGCUUACAAAGUCAAAGUUGACGAUGCCUACGAUUCGGAUAGCGACUAUGCGUGGUCGAUCUCUAGCAGAGCUUCCAGUACCGCGCUAUCAACUGGGCUGGAUCAGCACCAUGGCUCUUUGCCGCCCACAUACCCUGGUCCGCCUAUAUUGACAAUCAUUGACCUAGAGCCUUCUAAUCUUCGCAACUUUACCAGACAAACAAAACACGAGUUUAGGGUCUUCUACAUUCGGCAAAGGAACUCUUAUAGCAGACUGCAGAUCACCAAAGAGUUGUUCGAGGAACUCCUCCGUUGCUGCCAUGUUUUCCCUCGGUUCAACGAAUAUGUGAUAGGCUUUGGGACUAGGAACAGUGAAACGGAGGUUGGUCCACCACCCCUAACUUUCAGACCGCUGUGUGAAGUACGGAGUAAUCGAUAUCAUGGCUUCGAAUGCUCUUACAUCCUGCGCUACAUAGAGUUCACAAAUCGGACAGGGGUCAAGUUCCCGUGGUCUCUCCGACAAUUCGCUGUCUAUCAUCGUUACAAACCCAAGUCUGGCAGGGCAUGCUCCACCUGGAUCUUGGUGGGAGCGUCACAACGGACUGAAACGCGCAUCGAUGACUACACAAGAAGCAUUGAUGAUUUAAAUGCCUCUAAUCCCUUUGAACUCCAUGUUACGUUCGUCGAUACGGCUAUAGCAAGCUGGAGACCGUAUCUGGUUUCCCUAACAAAACUCGUAGCGCACCAGUCAGAUAAAGCCACUGGAGUGGAAGUCGAAGGCGACGACGACCUAGUCCCGAUCACUUUCGAAGACCAUCAAGAGCUCAAGAUGAUUGAAGAUCGGGUAGCCGACCUCAUCUUGUGCCUGGAUUCGACCUUGGAUACUGUCGCAACGUUCGAGGAAAUGUAUGAGCAGUUCUCUCGUCAACAGAUCAUGCCUUCCUCUGUCGGCAACAAGGAUCGAAACUCAGCAUACGGGAUUGACAUAGUUAUAUUCGGUUUGAGAAGACGGGCAAGGGAGAUAUCGUAUAGACAGAAGCAGGCCAAGGUCUUGUUGAAGAAGGUGCAAACAACUAGAACGCUGAUAUCCUCUCUCCUCGAACAGAAGAACGGUCUUGGUACGAACGAACAACUCUCCGCUGUCCGCAAGCUUGUAGAGCAGAGCCAAGAAGAGACCGCUCUGAUGAGAGAACUGGCAGAGAAGAAUAGUAGAGAUUCAUCGAGCAUGAGGAUCCUUACUAUCAUUACAAUGAUCUAUUUGCCAUGUACCAUUGUUUCGAACUUCUUCUCGACUCAGUUUGUAAAGCAAAUCGAUUCACCCUCCGGCGAUACGAAACUGGGCUACGCGCAGAAUGCUUGGCUCUUCUUUGCAAUAUCUGUCCCAUUAACGCUUGCGACUAUAGGUGUAUGGUACUUAUGGGUCAACGGCGAGAGGAUUUUCCGAAAUGUGUGGGCGAAACGAACGACGUCAGAUAUGAUUCAGCGCCGAAAACCGAGCUCACUCGGGCUGAAAGAGCUGCUCGUGUAG